AUGCCUCCUCUCAAACAGAAAAGUAUUGAGCAUCUACAGUUCCAUGGGAAGAUUGUGAUGCUAUUGCUGAUUGCCACAGCAGCUGUGGCCAUCGCCAGGCGAAAUGUUCGUUCUCCAGGUAGUAGCGGUUGGCAGUGGAGCAGAGGUUUUGGUGGCGGACAAUCUUCUGGCUACACACGCUCGUCUGGUGGCUGGUCAGCAUCUGGUAGUGGACUGGGCCGAUCAUCUAGUAAUGGUGGAUGGCGAGAGACCUCACCUUUCGGAACAAGCGCCCGCAGCCUAAGCCCAAACGUAAACGCGUACAGGAGUCCUUCAAACAGCGCCUGGUCACAAAGUGGGUUAGGCUCAAACGGUGGUUAUGGCGGAAAUUCUUUCAGGUCUUAUCCUGGAUCGAACGAAGGUUUCGCAGAUUCCGCGGUCGUCGAAAGCCUUGACUAUUCCAGCUGGGAUGAACCAGGCCUAGGUUCUCGCUCAAGUAAUGGGUGGCAGAAUAGUGGCUGGUAGAUUUCCAUACCUCUUGUGCCAAUAUAAUUCAGUUGGAUGAAGUUAUAACUUUACUAUCAAAGCUCGGGC